AUGGGCGUUCCGGCCCUUUUCAGAUGGCUUUCCCAAAAGUACCCCAAAAUCGUUUCACAAGUGAUCGAGGAACAGCCGCAAGAGAUUGACGGCGAAUUCAUACCCGUGGACACGCGAGGACCGAAUCCAAAUGGCGAGGAGACGGACAACCUUUACCUCGACAUGAACGGCAUUGUCCAUCCGUGUUCGCAUCCGGAGGACAAACCGGCGCCAGCUACCGAGCAGGAGAUGAUGGUGGAGGUCUUCAAGUACACCGAUAGGGUGGUGAAGAUGUCGCGGCCGAGGAAGCUGCUUAUGAUUGCUUCAGACGGUGUUGCACCUAGAGCGAAGAUGAACCAGCAGCGAUCGCGUCGAUUCAGAUCCGCACAAGAGGCCAAGGAGAAAGAUGAGGACAAGGCUGAAUUUCUCAAGAUGCUUCAAUCGCAAAAGAAAGAUGGCGUCAUCGAGGAGGAGGUCCACGAAGCCAUCAACAAGAAGACAUGGGAUAGCAACGCCAUCACACCAGGCACCCCCUUUAUGGACAUCCUGGCUGCAAGCUUGCGCUACUGGUGCGCGUACAAAUUGAACACAGAUCCGGCAUGGGCGAAGCUCAAAGUCAUCAUUUCUGACGCGACUGUCCCUGGCGAAGGCGAGCACAAGAUCAUGGAGUUCAUUCGAUCGCAGCGGCGGUCGCCGGAACACGAUCCGAACACUCGUCACGUGAUCUACGGCUUGGAUGCUGAUCUGAUCAUGUUGGGUCUUGCUACUCACGAACCUCACUUCCGUGUACUUCGAGAAGAUGUGUUCUUCCAAGAAGGGAAGCAGAGGACAUGCAGGAUCUGCGGACAGACAGGUCAUAAAGCGGAGGAGUGCCGCGGCGAGGCCAAGAAGAAGCAAGGAGAAUUCGAUGAGAAACAGAACUCGCCAACUCUGAAGCCCUUCAUCUGGCUUCAUGUGUCGGUGUUGCGGGAGUACCUUGCAGAAGAGUUGUAUGUCCCAGAUCAACCUUUCAAAUUCGAUCUUGAGCGCGCAUUAGACGACUGGGUAUUCAUGUGCUUUUUUGUGGGCAACGAUUUCCUUCCGCAUUUGCCCAGUCUCGAUAUCAGAGAGCAAGGCAUUGAUACGCUGAUCUCCAUAUGGAGAGAAAAUAUUCCCAUUAUGGGAGGUUACGUCACCAAGGAUGGCCACGUCGACCUUGCGAGAGCGCAAUGCAUCCUUUCCGGGCUGGCCAAGCAAGAAGACGCCAUCUUCAAGCGUCGCAAGCAAACCGAAGACAGAAGAGAAGCCGGCGCCAAGAGAAGGAGACUCGAGGAUGCGCGUAAUGGCAGAAACUACACGCCAGGCGGGAGGCAAAAUGGUCAUAGCGACCCGAGCACGCCAACAUCCAAUCCUAAGAGAGGUCGCAAACCGCCUGCUGCACCCAGCAUCGCUGAUAUGGCCCAAAUUCCCAGCUUUACGCCUGGAGAGUCUAACCCAGAGGAUGCCAGAAUCAUGUCGCACGAGAUGUUUGUCAACCGCAAGGCCAUGUUCCAGGCCCAGCAAGCCCAGCAGGCACAAGAGGCUCAACAAGCGAACAAGAGCGCCGCAGCUGUGCUUAAGGAGAAGCUGCUUGGACGCAGGGCGCCUGGUACUCAAGACGGCGCUGGAGAGGCUGCCACUGUUGACGGUGAACCCAAUGGCACGGAUAUUCCCGGCACUCCUGCCAGCGACGUUGGGCUUACCCCACAAUCAGCGCUGGGCAAACGCAAAGCAGAUAUGAUCGAUGAUGAUAGCGCAGACCUCGGACGUGCGACGCCGGAUGCCGGUGCAGAUCCUCAGAAAAACUCAGACGAGCCAGCGCCCGAUACCGUACGCCUGUGGGAAGACGGUUAUGCGGAUCGCUACUAUGAACAAAAGUUCAAGGUCGACCCCAAAGACGUUGAGUUCCGGCACAAAGUUGCCAAUGCGUACGUGGAAGGUCUUGCUUGGGUUCUGCUUUACUACUUUCAAGGUUGUCCUUCGUGGACGUGGUACUAUCCAUACCACUACGCGCCCUUCGCCGCCGACUUUGUGGACCUCGACAAGCUUGAGAUCACAUUUGACAAGGGCAGACCUUUCAGGCCCUACGAGCAACUGAUGGGUGUGCUUCCAGCCGCGUCCAAUCAUGCAAUACCUGAAGUUUUCAGGCCUUUGAUGGUCGAACCGAGCGAGAUCGCAGACUUCUACCCAGAGGACUUCGAGGUCGAUCUCAACGGGAAGAAGUUUGCAUGGCAGGGUGUUGCGCUUCUGCCGUUCAUCAACGCGAAGAGGUUGCUGGAUGCUAUGGCAACGAAGUAUCCGCUACUAACGGCGGAGGAAGUGGCCAGGAAUGAGCUUGGCAAGGACGUGCUCUUGUUCUCCACUAGCCAUCCACUGUAUGAAGAGGUGUCGACGAAUUUCUACAGCAAGAAGCAAGGCGCGCCGAAGUACAAGCUCAACGCUCGCAUCAGCGAAGGCUUGAGCGGCAAGGUCGAGAAGAACGAGGAUUACCUCCCUGGGAGCACCCUCAGCUAUCCCGGCGGAGACGGCACAAUGCCGGACAUCGAGGAUGAUCAGUCCAUCAGUGUCCACUACGAAAUGCCCAAAUCAACCCACAUUCACAAAUCUAUGCUCCUCCCCGGUGUCAAGUUUCCUCCACCUGCCCUCGACCGCUCUGACAUCGAAACCACCCGCGCCCGCGCCUCCCGCUCCGGCCGCUCCUACGGCGGCGCCCAAUUCAACAAUAACGACUUCAACGGCGGCUCCCGCCCAGGCAGAGGCGGCGGCAGGAACAGCCACCAGUUCCGCAACAACAACAACCGCAAUGGCGGCGGCGGCGGCGGUGGGUAUGAAGACCAGGGCCCGAGGAGCUAUGAUACGCGUUCGAGCAACGGCGGCAACCAAGGAGGACUGAAUUACGCGAACCCCAUUGCGGCGCACCUGAAUCCGAAUUUCGAUCCUAGUAGCUUUGGCCGUGGACCGCCUGGCUUCCCGCCGUUCGAUCCGAGAGGCCCGCCGCCGGACCCGAGGAUGCUGCCGCCAGGGUUUAUGCAGCAGUGGGCGCAGGCGCAGGGGAUGCCGCCUAUGCCGAUGCCGGGCGCGGGAAGAGGUGGGUAUGGUGGACAGGGCGGGUAUGGAGCGCCACAGGCGUCAAGGGGUGGGUAUGGAGGCGGGUACGACGGGUCGCAGAACAGAGGUGGAGGUGGAGAUGGGUAUGAUAGGUACGAUGGCCGCGAGAGCUAUAGCGGACAGCAGCAGCAGCAGGGCAGGGACGGCGGCGGUGGUGGAUAUAGAGGGAGAGGAGGGAGAGGCGGUGGCGGCGGAGGUGGUAGGGGUGGGAGGGGUGGGUAUUGA